CUCUCUCUCUCUCUCUCUCUCUCUCUCUCUCUCUCUCUCUAAGAGGGACUCAUGGGGUUAAACGCACAGAGCCCUGGCGCUUAGAGCGUCCACAGAAGCUGAGGAAGGGGGAGGUGUGGCAAGAGAAGCCACCUUCCUGCCCCCGCCCCUUUCUCUGAGAAACGUGGAGGAGUUUGGGAGGCUGCAGCAGAGGGGCUCAGGGUGCCUUGCAAGGGCUGCUGGGAGCAGGUGAGUCGAAGCCGAAUGGAUGCCUGGGUGCAGGAGCAGCAGGGGGGAGGGGAUAGAGCCAUAGCUGGGGGGGGGGGAGCCCAAAAUCCAUGGCUGCAGAGAGAGAGAGAGAGGCACUUUCAAGAUCAAAAGGGUGCAAAUGUUGCUGUGCAUAUAGAUGAGGCCCAUUUAUUGCUCCUUCCCUCACCCAAAACCAGGGGUCAGCAACCUUUUUCAGCAGGGUACCGGUCCACUGUCCAUCAGACCAUGUGGGGGGCCGGACUAUAUUUUUGGGGGGGAAAUGAACGAAUUCCUAUGCCCCACAAAUAACCCAGAGAUGCAUUUUAAAUAAAAGGACACAUUCUACUCAUGUAAAAAAACGCUGAUUCCCGGACCAUCCGCGGGCCGGAUUGAGAAGUCGAUUGGGCCACAUCUGGCCCCCGGGCCUUAGGUUGCCUACCCCUGCUCUAAACAGCCCAAUCAAGGGCCUGGGCAAACCUGUUUCUAGGUUAAUGUCAAGGUGCUGGUUCUUUCCUUCAAAGCCCCACAUGCCCUAUCUGGUUUCCUCCAGAUGUUCCAUUGGCUGGAGCCCACCCACAUCUGGAAUAUGCGCCAGGUCCACCAAGGCUGGUGUCACCAAUUGUAGAGUUGGAAGGGACCCUCAAGGGUCAUGCAAUCCAACCCCCUACCAAGACCCCAUCGCAUAUUUCUUCUGAGGGAAGCUGACUCCGCUUCCAGCAAAUAGAUUGCCCUUGGUGAAAUCAGGCACAGAACGCUCUGUGGAGCCACCCAGAACCUGUGGGAUUCAUUGCCACAUGACAAUCUGUUGGAGCAAGAACAGCAGGACGUCAUGUGGCACCUUAAAAGGUGGCCAAAUUUACUGCAGGCAUUUGUUGAUUUGUUUAAGGUGCAGUGAGCUGCUUUGCUGUGCUUGACAACAUGAGAGUUGCCCUGCUGGAUCUGACCAAACAUAAAAGGCCCAUCUACUGCAUCCUGUUCUUCAUGUGGUCAACUGGGAAGCUUGUUAGGGGUUGUCUCCUCCCUGCCUCCGAUACUGAGUAACGCUUACAAUGUUUGGGGCUGUUUAGUUUAGAAAAAAGGCAAGUAAUGGGUGUGAGGGAUGGUAGAGGUUUGUAAGAUUGUUCAUGGUGUAGAGAAAGCAAACAGGCAUAUGUUUUUCUCCCUCUCUCAUAAUAGUAGAAUUUGGAGCCUUCCAAUGUAGCUGAAUGUUGGAAGAUUCAGGACAGGCAAACCCCGCUUAGAGCUCCACUCUCGGCAUUUCACAAAAGCUCUAAUUGUUAUAUUGUCCUUUUAAUUAUCCACUCAUUAUUUAUUGCUGCACUGUGCAAAUAUUUGUUGACUGUAAGAACCUGUCCUAAUAUUAUAUUUUGCAUGCAACUUUUAUACCUUUAUGAUAGAUUUAGAUCACUAUCGCAUUGCAUAUAAAUAUCAGUGUUUGUAGAGAAUAAAAUAAUUUAAAAAUUGCACUGUGCUCUCAUUAAAGCUCCUUUUUUCUUUUUGCAUCUUGUUAUCACUGAAGAAGCAGUAUCAAAGUGCAAUAUCAGUAAGAGAAGAUGCACACACAAUAAAAACAGACUGUAAGAAUGGCAAACAAAUUCCAAAAAUAAUUGUUCAUGUUACUGACUUACAGACCCCAACAAAAGUACAUAGCUUUGCAUUUUCCUGUAUUUUAUUGCACCUAAUACUUUAUAAAUAUACAUUUCCCCAUAAAACAAAGAUAAUGUUGCUUUCCUUCCAACAAGCUCUGUCAAUUUUACCGUAUAUGCUAUUUCUCAUGUUUUGGUUAUCUCAUUUCCCACUCUCAGGGUAUCCCCCCUCCCAAUUGUGGCAGAUUGUUGUAAACAAGCCUCAAUUUAUUUUUUAGUCCUGGAAGCACAGCUAGGAAUAAAGAUGGAGGAAGAGAAACCUUCUGCAGCUGAACCAGAAGACAGCUCAGUGGCAGAAGACGGAGACAUCCAUGUUGUCCAGGGUGGGACUGUCUGUGAGUUUCUGACUGGGGAAAGUCCUCCACGAGUUAAGCAGGAGCCCGAGGAGGGACUGCAGCAACGCUGGGAGAGCCAAUGGCAGGAUUUCCUAAAGACAGUAGAGUCACCCCCACAAGAGAGGAGCAGCUCCCAGCAGCCUGAUCCAUGGCCAGAGGAUGACACAAUGGAAUGUCAGGUCUCCUUGAAGAGAGUCGCUGACGUCACGCAGGGGCCAGGAGGAGAGGGUAUGGCUCAAACCCAUCUUGAUGUGUGUGGAGAGGCCCAUGAAAACCUGGACUCUUGUGUGAAAGUGAAGGAAGAGAUACUGGAGGAGGAAGCUGACAUGGAGGACCAACGCCAGCACUUCCAUCAGUUUUGUUACCAGGAUGCUGAUGGGCUGCAAGAGGUAUUCAGAUGACUUCAGAAACUUAGGGAAGGGGGAUAGCUCACUAGAGGAGCAUCUGCCUUGCAUUCAGAAGGUCCCAGGUUCAAUCUCUGGCAUCUCCAGGCAGGGCUAGGAAAGAAACUCACCUGAAACCCUGGAGAGCCAGUCAGUGUAGACAUUAGUGAGCUAGAUGGACCAAUGAUCUGGCUCAGUACAAGGCAGCUUCCUCUGGGCUAUCUGUAGAUGUGGAGAAGAGUAGAUGCCAAGGGGAAGAUCUCAAGAGCUGCUGAUUCUAGAGCAGGUGCCAAUGGGUGAUGUCAGGGCAGCCAGGUGCUUGGGUCUGGUGGCUAUCAGCUAGAUGGGUGGUGGUGGUGGUGGAGAGAAGCAGUGUGGUCUGCUGUGCUUUCAAGAGCCAAGAGCGAUUUGCUCUGUGGAAAUCGGCAGCUGCAGCUUCCUUGGUUUCAUGGCAUGGAAAUGAACCUUCUGCUAAUUGCUGCAGAUAAACUGCUGCGUAAAGGCACAGGGGCUGUUUGAACCUUGACAGAGCCCCAAACUGGCAAAUACCUGGGUCAGACAGGCAGGUUGUCUAUCUGGAGAGCUGUGAUGCAUCCCUGACCACUGGCCAUCCUGUUGCCCUAGGAAAGAUAGACCUGCACACAACCUGGAGAUACCUACGACAUUUCCUGCCUUCGCAACUUUAGACGGGUUGGGGGAAUUGAGCCUCUUUAUCUUUUCUUCUGUUGAGCUGGCUAGCUUGGCAAGGGGGAGCUAAAUGUAGAGGGAGUGGAAAGCAGACCAAAGCAUUAAUCCUUGCAAGCAUUUUGUUGUGCCUUAACCAUGUCUCCAUUUUCUGUUUCAGGCGCCAGGGCCCCUUGAUGUUGUGACUGUAAAAUCCCCGAAAUCGGAGGAAGAUCCAUUGGACAUUGUAAAGUUGCAGCUCCCCCUGGAGGUCAAGCAAGAAUAUGACUGGGAGGCAAGCUCAGCGGGUAAGGAUUUGAAGCAGGGGUAGCUCAACCAGCCUAAAUACCUCUCUGAGAUCUUCUUGAAGCCUCUGUAGAUAGUGCAAGAUGUUAUAUGCCAGCAGCGGUUUGCAAACAAUAAUGACGAUGAUCUCAAUUCUCCAACAAUAAAAAUAGUCUUCUCUGGCGAUCACUCAUAGCUGAGAGAGAUUGUCUUCCAUGAACACGGUCUUAACAGUGAGUCCAUAAGUGACUGUGGAGGCCAAUUCUGGAUCCACACGUCCUUUCUGGGUGGGAGUUGAUCACGGUGAGGGUUUGCCAAAUGUUCCUUCAUCUUAACACGUUUCUCAGCAGUAAUCAUAAUAUAAUUGAUAAUCUCAGUUCUUCAGGUACUGAUUAUUUAGGUAGCCAAAAUGGCACCAUCCACACACAAGGGGAAAGUGUCUGUGAACUUGGGCCUGACCCUGAAGAUUUGAAGAACUAUUGGGGGAGGGAAUCUAAAUGUGAAGAUAGCUCAGUUUGUUAGACCAUGAUGCUGAUAAUGCCAAGGUUGCCAGUUCAAUCCCCAUUUGGGAGAGUGGCAUAUUCCUGUAUUGCAGGGGGUUGGACUAGAUGAUCCAUAGGGUCCCUUCCAACUCUACAAUUUGAUGAUAUUAUGUGUGUGGGGUGUGUGGAAUUCCCAAACCGCCUAAUGAGGACUGAGCCAUGGUCAUGGAAAGUUUAUUGAUCGUGCGGGGUGGAAGGGGGGUGGAUUGGGGUGACUAGAAUCCUGAAAGGGAGUACUCUGAGUUGCUACAUUAUGUUGCAUGAUUUAUGAGUUCUUACGAUACUUUAAAUAAAUAAGUGGGUCUCUUUCGUUUCAGAAUAUGAUGGUCAGGUACUGAAGAACGAGGAAGAGACCUUUGAGCCGGAAAAACCUGGGGACAUGGAUGCCUGUGGCACACCGUUGGAAAGAGCUGAAGGAAUGUUUUUCUGGGGGCCUGGGAUGGAAGAAAAGUCUGGAAGUCAACAGGGGGUAGACUGGCACUUGGGGAAGAGCAUAAAGCAAGGCUUCCUGUAUGGGGAAGGGGGCCAAAACUUUUAUGAAACGACCUUCCCAUUUAGGAAAAAGACGAGUUCCAACAGUGGACAGCAAUGUCACCUGGACAUUGAUCUGCCUGAGGGUCAGCAAAUACGAGCAAAAGAUAAACUGCAUAAAUACACGCACUGCGGAAAAAUCUCUAAUAGCAGCAAAGCAUCUCUGCUUCCCCACGAGAGGAUCCCCGCCGGAGGGAAAGCAUACAUCUGCUCUGAGUGCGGGAAAAGCUUCAGCUGGAGAACAAACCUUGUUAAACACAAGAGAAUCCACACGGGGGAGAAGCCGUACAAGUGCCCGAGUUGUGGCAAAAGCUUCAAUGCAAAAUCCACCCUGAUCAAACACGAGCGUUCACACACAGGGGAGAAGCCGUACGAGUGUACAGAGUGCGGAAAAGCCUUUGGCGAAAAGGGGAUACUUGUUAAGCACCUGAGAAUCCACACGGGAGAAAAGCCCCACAAAUGUUCAGACUGCGGCAAGAGCUUUAUCGAGAGGGGCGCCCUCAUUAAACACGAGAGAACCCACACGGGAGAGAAGCCCUACGAAUGUCCUGACUGCGGGAAAACCUUCAGGAUCAGCUGCCACCUUAAACUCCACAAGAGGACGCACACCGGCGAGAAGCCGCACAAGUGCUCCGAUUGCGGCAAAGGCUUCAGCGAGAGAGCCUCUCUGGUGAAACACGAGAGGACCCACACGGGAGAGAAGCCGUACGAGUGCUCCGAGUGCGGGAAAAGCUUCCGGAUCAGCUUCCAGCUCGUGAUUCACAAAAGGACCCACACGGGUGAGAAACCGCAUGAGUGCUCCGACUGUGGCAACAGCUUCAGGGAAAUCGCCUCCCUUAUCAAACACAAGAGAACGCACACGGGAGAGAAGCCUUACGAGUGCACCGAGUGCGGGAAGAGCUUCAGGACCAGCUUCCAGCUGAAGACCCAUAGAAGGACGCACACUGGAGAGAAGCCGUAUCACUGCCUGGACUGCGGGCAAAGCUUCAGCCAGAGAUCACGCCUCGUCAUACACGAGAGGACCCACACCGGGGAGAGACCGUACGGCUGCUCCGAGUGCGGGAAAAGCUUCGUCUCCAGCUCUCACCUUCGGAAACACACCAUCGUGCACACGGGAGAGAAGCCCCACCGAUGCUCGUACUGUGAAAAAAGCUUCAGUAAGAAAUCCAACCUUGUUGUGCACGAGAGGAUCCACACGGGAGAAAAGCCGUACGAGUGCUUGGUGUGCGAGAAAAGGUUUUGUAGCUCCUCUGUUUUUCAUAGGCACAUGAAAAUCCACCCGGAAGAGGCAUCCUAGGGAUAUUCACGUCCUAAGGAAGAGUUUGGCAUAAGACCCAGAGAACUGAGGGGAACAUAAUGUAAUGUCACUGGAAUAGGGUAAUAAUGGAAAGGGAAACGUGUUUCAGGAACUGUCUGAAUAGCCACCCAUGGAUUUUUUGUUGUUGUUGUUCUCUGUCUGUCUUGGAACAGUGGCCAUAGCUCAGUGGUAGAGUAUGUCUUGCAUGCAGAGGAACCAAGGUUCAUUCUCUGGUAUUUCCAGGUAGUUCUGGAAAUCUGUCUGAAUCCCUGGAAAGCUGCUGCCAGUCAAUGUGGACAAUACUAAGUUAGAUGGGCCAAUGGUGAGUGAUUAGUGCAAUAAUACAGCUUCUUGUACAUGAUGCAUUCUCUUUUCCCCCCUGCUAUGGAAUAAAUGUAUGUUUUGAGGAUGGCACAUGAACAGCCAACAUUGCCUUACACAGAGUCUCAGUGUUUGCAGUUGCUCAUUGUGGGCCAGUGUGGUGUAGUGGUUAAGAGUGGUGUACUUGUAAUCUGGUGAACCGGGUUCGCUUCCCCACUCCUCCACAUGCACCUGCUGGAUGACCUUGGGCUAGUCACACUUCUCUGAAGUCUCUCAGCCCCACUCACCUCACAGAGUGUUUGUUGUGGGGGAGGAAGGGAAAGGAGAAUGUGAGCCGCUUUGAGGCUCCUUCUGGUAGUGAUAAAGCGGGAUAUCAAAUCCAAACUCUUCUUCUCAUUGGCUCUGGGUCUGUAGUCUAACAGGUGUAGAGUGAUUUAGAUGGGAGAGGAGAACAUUUCGAAUUUCUGCAGUGGUAUCCUUGAAGACCUACAGCCGUUCUGAACUCCCUACAUAAUACCAGUCACUCCUCCCAGUCUGUGGUCAACAGCUAUUUUAAACCUUUACCUGUUCAGAUGUAACCACUGGGGUUUUUCAUGAUGGCUGGGGGUAAUGGUGUAGAAUUGGAAAUUACAGUACAGAAAACAUCCUUGGAACUCCAAACUGCACUGGAGCCUUCAUAAAGUUGGCGCCAUCCAGCUGCGCUGACUGGGGCUGAUGAGUUGUAACCCAAAACAUCUGACACCAGGUUGAAAAAGGCUGUUCUGGAUACAGUGGUACCUCGGAAGUCAAACGGAAUCCGUUCCGGGAGUCCGUUCAACUUCCAAAACAUUUGGAAACCAUCCAUCAGAAGCCGUGGAA